AUGAAACCAAUUUCUGGGAUAUUACUUCAUGGUCCUCCUGGUUGUGGCAAGUCCACACUCGCUUGUGCCAUCGCCAACGAAGCUGAUGUAAACUUUUACAUGGUUUCUGCUGCUGAAUUGGUUACUGGUGUUUCUGGUGGAUCAGAAGAGAAAAUCAGGGAACUCUUCUCUAACGCCUAUAGAAAUGCACCUUCGAUUAUAUUCAUUGAUGAGAUCGACGCAAUUGCCUCAAAGAGGGAGAAUCAGCACAAGGGCAUGGACACGCGUAUUGUGACUCAGUUGCUGAGUUGUAUGGAUGAGAAGUAUAUGCUUCCGAAGCAAAAAGAGAGCAACCUUUCCGUUGACGUGGGUUCCAAGCCUAGACAUGUGAUUGUCAUUGGAGCUACCAACAGGCCUGACGCUCUUGAUCCUGCUAUGAGGAGAUCUUUGCGAUUCGACUUGGAGAUCUGUCUUGAUGUGCCUGAUGAGAAGGCUAGGGAAGAGAUUUUCUCUUUGGUUACACGCAACCUUUCGGUGGAGAGCACUUUGGACCGUUCCAAGAUUGCUCGUCUGACUUCCGGAUUCGUUGGUGCUGAUUUCGAAGUUCUUGCCAAGAAUGCUGCCAUGGUGUUAGCAAGGAGAGUAAUAUAUUCAAGAAAACCGCCACUUUGUUCGGACAAUAUUGACAUUUGUUCUUUGAUGAGGCAGCCAGUGUCAGAGGAAGAGAGAAAAAUGCUCUUUGUCACUACCUCAGAUUUCGAGGAAGCAUUGAAAGAUUUUCAACCUAGUUUAACUAGAGAAGGUUUCUCUACUAUUCCGGAUGUAACAUGGGAUGAUAUUGGCGGUCUUGAUCAUGUAAGGGAGGCGUUCUAUCAUCAUGUAAUCCGGCGAUUUAAAUUUCCUGAAGAAUGCAAGGGAUUUGAAAAUUGUCUAGAAACGGGUUUUUUGCUCUAUGGACCACCAGGUUGUGGUAAGACGUUAGUUGCACAGGCGGUUGCUAAUGAGGCACGAGUCAACUUUAUCCAUGUUGAGGGUCCAGAGCUUCUGAGCAAAUAUGUUGGAGAAACCGAGAAGGCUAUAAGGGAGUUAUUCAGUCGUGCUAGGAUGUGCUCACCAUGCAUAGUCUUCUUUGAUGAGGUGGAUGCUUUAACAACAAAACGUGGAGAGCAAGGUGCUUGGGUUGUUGAACGACCUUUGAAUCAGUUACUCAUUGAAUUGAGUGGUGGAAAAAAACGAGACGGUGUUAUUGUGAUUGCUGCUACAAACAGGCCUCACAUGAUGGACCCGGCGGUUCAAAGGGCAGGCAGGUUUGGGAGACAUAUCCAUGUACCGCUCCCAAACUCGGACCAGCGUCAUUCAAUCCUGAAAGCUCUAGCGAAGGAUUUUAGAGUCGACCCGAGCAUUGAUUUGAAUGCCAUAGCGAGAAUGGAGAGUUGUGAGAAUCGUAGUGGAGCUGAUCUAGCUUCUCUGGUAAAAGAAGCUGGUCUUGCAGCUUUUACUGAUGCAAACUCAGACAGUAAACAACGUACGAUCAAGAUGGUUCAUUUUGAGCAAGCCUUCUCUAAGCUCAAACCUUCUCUCACGAAUCAGCAAGUAGGGGAAUACGAGAACAUAUUCACAGACUUUGAAAGCGCCAAGUGA